AUGUCGUCAAAAGACCAGACUGAUCCACAGCUGACUCAUCGCUCCGUCGACGAGGAUGUCAAGAGCGACUACAGAGGACUUGCCCCCACAGAAGGGAAUGAGAACGAAAUUCCCCUUGACGGCUUGACGGAGAUCUUGAACAACAUGACGAGUAUGUCUGAAGAGGAGCUUGAUCGAGGAUCACGAUUGUUGGACGAGCGCGCCACUGAAAGUCUUACAAGCAGCAUCGACCAACUGCAAGAGCUGAACGACAAGCUUGGGACUGAAGAUUAUGACUCCGACGAGUCACCCACAUAUGAGGAGAAAUUUGCGGCUUACUUCGACGCUUUGACAGAGACUGUUCCUCAUCUCAACGAAGAGGUAAAAAGGAAGAUCGCCUCGGAGUUCUCCCUGCUGGACUUCAAAGCCAGAUUAGUUUCGAAAAGAGGCACAAGUGACCUCGGAGGGACGAAUGUCGACGGAUUGUCUAGCAAGGUGAUGCAAAGCAUGAUCCAAAACACCAUAGGAGCGGACACUCCAGAGACCGAACAAUCGAGGACGGGUGACAGCAGCAAACAGCUAGGCCUGUGA